CACAUCUGUAUUGGACCUAAGCUAAUGCAGACUAAGACAUUUUUGUGUUGGAUCGAGACGCAACAGACAUCAGUAACAUUCUUCACUCACAGACCACGAAGAUUUAGAGCUUCAGUAGACAGAUCGAGGUGAAAAAACUCUCACAUCUCUUCAGUGUGCGCGCCAGACGCGUUAACAAUUUGCGGCUUUCUCAAGUUCCAUUAGCUUUUAGCUUUGUUUAUUUACGCUGGCUUGCUUGUGUUUCAGUAAACAGCAAAGAUUGAAGUGCACUCGCGACGUUCUAGAGAACCAAUGCCUACAGUUAUGGAUAAUCAGUGGUCUUCACCCAAGUUUAUCACUUGUCCUGACUGCGGAGAGAGAUACGACAGUGCGCACAAGAGGCGACUGAUCGACACUUGUGGUCAUCCGCGAUGUUACUCGUGUCUUUUUGUGGAUAAACCGUGCCCUUUGUGUCAAAGUAAGUACUCGGUUGUAAAUACGUUUAAGUUACCGGCUGUUGAUUCUAAAAUACGAGCACAGUUUCAAUGAGUCAGCCUUCGCAAGGAGAGACUUCCAUCAGUGGGAAUACUCAGUUGUUACGCACAGUUACAAAGUUACUAAGCUUAUCUUGGGCCUAAGUUUUACAGAAGAUUAUAACAGAAGAGCGGAACAGAAGUUUGGACAAUUAAUCUAGAGCCAUAGACAUCCAGUUAUUCCUUGGCCAAAAAUUUCGCUAAAAUCUCCCUGAAUUUCUAGCUUAAGCUUACUGUUUUGAGUAAUUUGUUUACAAACUUAAAAAUUCCAACCACGAAACAAGCGAGACUAUGCGCUCAACUGACUGAGAACUGUAGAGUGUCGCUGUCAUAGUCGAUUUCAAUACAACACAGCUUUGCAACAACAGUUGUAUAAGUCUUGGUUAAUCAGCCGUUUUAUUACAUAUUUAUUACUGAGUUGUUAUUCGUCCUACCAAUAAAUUAGAAAGAGGUCUUGUCGUUGUGUGUGCAAAGCAGUAUAUAAACGUUAGGCUCUGUGAUAACGUAUUGAAACUACUAGAGUCAAAAAGCGCUUUAUAAGGAGAAAGUUGAGUACUGAAAAGAACAAGUGGCAUAUUUUGCAUUCUCGAUUUGGAAGUUUACAGUCCGAUAUUGUUUAGGUGUGUUAUGGAAAAUUUUUAAAACUUUUAAUGACGACUGGAACCUUGUAUUGCACGAUAAGCUGUUUUACAGAACUAAAGCGAGCUCGCCAAGGAAGACAAAGUGUCUGUGGCUUCAAAACAUUACGUGACAUUCCCCGUUGAAAACUUUAUGCCCCACGAGUCAUUUAAUUGUUUUGCGUAAACUUUAAACCACAAAAACAAAUUUGGAACAAUCAGUUGGAGAAGUAUAGCUCGCAAACUGGCCAUAGUAGACAGUUUAACUUCCUCUUUCAGAAGUGUUCGGUUCAGCGGCAGACUGUGAUCACCACUAAAGACGUGGUUGGAUUCAUGAAUUGCUGUUUCAAUUGACUAACAACCAAAUCUACGGCACGCGAUGAGUGACUUUGUACCUAUUGACGCGAGUCAUGAAACGGGAGUUUCAUAAUAAAGUAGGAGAUUAUUCGAAAAGGCUUUUCAAACCAAGAAUAUGAAACGAAACGGCCGGUUGACGACUUCUAGUUGAUUCCUUAAAAGGAUUUUAAAACGUCUGCUGACGCAGACGACGAAAACAAGUGAAUGAUCUCGCUCAUCGGCCUUUGCUAUUUAAUUAAAGUUAUUCGUCGUAUUUUCAUAGCGUAAUAAAACACCAAAUAGCUUAUGACUGUGCGAGCAGAAUUUCGAGCUCAGUAAAUGUCAAUUUCGUGUAAUCCAUGUUGUUUGUUGAGGUUUCCGGAUGUUAUAGCGAAAAUGAGUAUCCAGUCUUGAGAGUUUUCAGAGCUAAUUACCCAUGGCAUAAUCUCUUCUUAUCAAAAUAUGCACCUCCGUUACCUUGGAGACAGUUGUAUGUCUUCCUUAACAUUGUUCCGUUUGUAAAUUUAGUGGCAGAUCAAAAUAAUUCCGAAAUUGUUGCGAUGACAAUUCCGUAACUUGUUUAAUUAUUAGCUGUCAAAUCUUAACAUAAAUUUAAAAUUUAAGCUUAGAAACAACAAAUGGAAAGAUCUUCCAGUUCCUCCUUAUUCUGUAUGAAGAGCAAGUAAAAUUCCAAAAACUGCGGCAUGUCUGUAAGUGUCCAAAGCUUGUCCACAUGGAGGAGGCGAUUUCGUUAAAUAGUUUGUAGUUUUUUCACCAACAGAGUCUUUGUUAAAUGCAGAAGUUGCAGCACGUUCGUGUCAUGGUUCGAGGAAAUUCACAGCGGGUCACUAGUUACUCAAGGGAGGGCAAUUUUAGAAGCGUGCUACAACGCAAGCAUAUUUCUCCAAAGGAUUUUUUUUAACUCAGUAAACAUAAUAUAUAUUAUACUCGUCACUCCAAGGGUGACUGAAAAGAAAUGUCUUCCCUUCAAUAUUAGUACAGUGUAAGGCAGACAGUUGACACAAAUAAAGAAGAAUGUAAACCACGGAAAUUGUCUGAUUAAACAGCGGCUUUCCAGAGCUAAAACUACAAGAAACAUUAAACAGAGAGACGGGAGAGUCGACAUCUAGUUCUAGGAAUCGGAAGAAUUGAAAACGAUUUUUUAGCAAAUGAAACGUUUUCGUGCAGUUAAAGAUGCCUUGCAGAAAAAACCGCUCAAGCCUAUAAUCUAUGGUCCACUAAAGACGCCCACGACAAGAUUUCGUAGAGGACAGAUUAUGAACUUUGAACGUUAAAUUUCUUAUUAAGCACACGCUGUAAGUUCAUAGUUGCAUGUGCACAUGGUUUAACAGUUCUGAAAUUUUGCUUUUUGUGACUUCGUUGCCAGAAAUUCUCUAUUGUAAUUUAGCAAUGAUCGUGAGCUGUACUCUAAUUAAUUUUUGUCACAAGUAACAAAUGUAAGUAGCCUUCAAGAGCUCUUGACUUGUUGAUCCACGGACAUGGUUCAUGCAAAUUAAGAAAAAAAGAGACAAGCGGAAAUUUUAUUAAAAAAAAUAACUAUUCCGCUCAUACGAAUUACUAACAGUAACUUGACUAGAACUCAAACUCCUCUCUUUUUAAUGUAGAGCUUCCACAAGACCCCAAGUCACGUGCCAGUUCAUUCCACGCUGGUAGCUCUGGUUCUGAGGAAUCCUUAAGCGUGUCAAGCAACACUCUCUCAUCCGGGAACCUCAGCAAGGAUCAGAGUUCGCUCUCACACCCAGACCUCAGUGAGAUACACAAGGAACGCGCGGCCACCUUGCCUGCUCGUGGCUUCAGAACAGGUAAAACGAGUUUUGACACCAAACUUACGUAAUAUAUGUUGACGCAAGCGGAUAAAAAUUUUGUGUGUAACUUUACUGAAUCUACAAUAUUUUACCAGUUAAACUUGAUGGCUAAAUCCGAUUUUCUUCGGGCUUAAUUUAAUCCUUCAAAUUCACGACAAUUCGCUCCUUGCUAAAAAAAAAGCGGCAUUUUUGAUGCGUUGAUUCAUUCAAUUUUAAGAGCGUGUGCCUAAUUUUUUCGCCAAAGCUUUAUAUCAAAAUUCAACAAACUAUAUCCUUUUACUUUUAACACAAAAGUUUAGGGGGUAUUGGUUUAUUUUUAGGCAUUAUUCCGAGAAAUUGAAGCCUAUCGAUAUUAUUUAUGGCAGGAAAUUGCUUUUUGCUAUUUUUGUUCUGCAUACGGUCGUCAAUGAAAAGGCGGCAAACCCGAAACCGCAAAGAAAGAAAGCGCCAGAACAAUAAGGAAACGAAAAAAACAACAGGAUCUAUUGUUUGUAUGAUAAAACAAGGUUUUAGCCUAGUUGUUUUAGCAAACGCACCAGUUAAGCCAUUCCUGUCUCGGUAUCGAAACGGAAAGGCGUUUCUUCUGUGGGAAGAAGUUUGUCCAAGUUCAGAACUCCCUCCCUCUCUUCCGCUAUCCCUUAGUUUUUGAGGGGGCCUCUCGUGACUGACGAGUUGAAGGACGAACUCAAACAGCAUCCUACUGUUGAAUAAACAAUGCGCUGUUUGUGGCUUCAGUUAUUCCCACGGUUUAACAAGCCAAGAAACUGUGUAGAAAUUCAAAAACAAACUCCCUUACAAGAAAUAGAAGCAAAGAACAACAAAAACAUUUAUCAAUUUGACAUUUUAAGACCCCGUGCUAAUAACCUAAAAAACUUCCGUCCUUAGCCUCAGGAAUGUAAACGAACCGUGCCUUUUGAUUGCUUUAAAAGGAGCAAACCGCAUAAUUAGGCAUAAUUAGAUGUAAUUUGUUUAGCGUAGUCAAAAGCCCAUUAAUAUUGGUGUUGGCUAUGACGAGGCGACUUAUUGUUACAUCUGUAUUACGGAGAGUCGGGUGUAUUUUAACUACCAAAGAACGGCAGUGGAUAAAUCAAAUUCGCACACCGACAGUUUAUGUGACUUCCUAGGGCAACAAAUUACUUAUCGUGCACGCCCACGGUCGAUUGAUAUCACGUCUUUACACUUCUAUGCAAAAUUCUGAAAUCGCGCGCUGGAUUAGGAAGAUUGCUUCGGUUCACUAGUCAAUUGCAUCUCAUUGUUGCAGUAUUGCGAUCAAGUUGUUCUCUGGCUGUGAGACAAUCCGCGAAACAGUUUGUCACCACGUACGAGCGAACGGAAACUGGUUGUGGAAUCGUUUAUGGCGAUAUACUAAAAUGGCGAAAGGAAACCUGAUGUGUUUGUAGUAGUGUUGCAGCGGUUGAAAAGCGACAAACAGACAUUGUUAACGUUAAAUGAUGGUGAUAGAAGCAACUAAGGUUGAAUUAUGUUGAAGUUUAAGAGAGUCAAACCGAAGUUUCCCGAGAAGGGUAACACGUUUGUUGCGAAGCCUUCCGUUGUCAGAGCUAGAGUUAUUCAAGGUUAUUCUUUGCUGAGUUUGUGAAGUGAUUUUACACACGAAAUUACUACCUCUAUGUAUUGUAAUGUUGUGCUAUAUAUUGAAAGCAUUAAUGUUGUUGUGUUUUCUUUACUACAGAUAACUACUUCAGGUCUCUAUACAGAUAUGACCCUCACGCUACGGGUGAGUUUUGUCAGUCAACUGAUUGAUCUUCUUUCGGUUCAGUAAUACGCGCUAUUAAACUAUUCCGCUACUAACUCCAUUCUUUAGCGAUUGAAUUUACAUGGUUGCCUGAUGGAAUUUUAAGACAGUGGAUCUUAUCAGUACCACAAAGAAACCUCGCCUUUUAUCUUAUUGUUUAGAACUACUUCCUAGUGAUCUUGUGGUCUCGUAGAGAUCGAAAGCUGACGGUUUUAUGGUUUUAAACGAAAUAAGAAGACUUGACUGAGUCCCAGUGGAGAUAACACCAUAAAUCCUGUUUCAUUCAACAGUCUUAAUCCGUUUUCGUGUACUCUGAUUCGAUCUCUUUCCGGGGACUGAAUAUUUGUCAGUGAAACUCUGCGACUUACGCAAGUAGCGUGACUGCUUAGAUCGUUUAAAAAAAAAAGCAAAACACUUUGGAUCUCACUCAGCAUUCCGAGAAAUCAACUACUAAAAUCUUCCUAACAAGAGCCUUCAACUCCGAAUAUCGUGUUUUUAUAUUUCCUUCUCGCAUAGUUUAUAUUCCAUCACGUUCGAAGCCUCAGUAUGUGCUGUGUUUUUUUUUUUUUCAAGGACACAGUUCUUCAAGUCAGAUUGUAAAGAUACGUCAGUUUGACUCAGUAGAGAGCUAACGUGUCUUGUUUCCAAUGGAUUACUUUGCUGGCUCGGAUUAUUCAUAUGUAGAGUAAUAAAGUUUAAAUCAAGGAGUACGAAUUUCAAUGAUCUGUUCUGAUAGCCGGUUACUGUAUCAACUUCAAAGCGAAUGUAUACGGUUACAACUUCUGUUUGGGACUUAGUUUUUCAUGUUUCAAAAGACUGUUCCUGAGCAGCAAACGCAAUUUAUUGCGAGACGUGCAAAACUUAUAAAUAUAACUUUUACCAACUGCUCGAAACAAUAUUCACGAACCGUUUCAUUCAUGACGUGUUUACAAAAGCCUAAUAUCACUUUCAUUACGCCAACAGAAAAUACAGACGUCAAAGAUUUCAAGCAGAGGAACAGGACCGUGCAGAAUUAUCAUAAAUCACUGGAAAAUCUCUCAGACCAGUUUUGGAAAAGCGUUGAAAGAGCUUCGAGUCCAUUGGGACGAAGUACAAGUAAGUUUCGUGACCUCUAUGUCGAUGUUAGGUGAUCGAUCGUUGACGAUAGUAUUGAUUUGUGGCUCCCAUAUUAUGUUUUGAAGAUAACAGAUCAAGAGCUAUGCAUAUUUUGGUUCGAGGAAUAUUUUCACAAGAUAUUGCUUGAUAGCUAAAACACACAUUUCUGAUGUUAUGAUAAUAAAAUUAUCGCGAGAACGAUAAACCGCUAUCUAACUGGAAUCGAAUUGUCGGCCGUUCAGUAAGGGGUCAAAUGACGGCUGUAGAUAUAGAUAAGUUUCUGCUCAAUUGCCAGGGUUUAGGCUACCGUUGAUGGGCUCUUAUGGGGGGGUUUAAAAGGUGUCCAUGGUAACUUCAAGAUUCUUCGGGAAUGUAGGAGAGACAGAGAACUUUAGUGGAAUUUUUAGAACGCAGAGAUUUGAUCAAGUAGAGAUGUCUCCUCAUAAGAGUGUCAUGAGAGUGUUUUGGUUUUCAUUUUGCUUGUAGCCGCGUGUUUAUGGAACAAUUGAAAUAAUAUUCUUGAAAGUUUUGUCCAUUGAGCAGGUGUUAAGACAAUGCUUACCAUAGUUUGUUUACGGAUACACUGUCACACAUGACCUGUGUGGUAAAGAGUAAAUAGAAAGCACAUUUCACCGCUCUUCAAUCUCAUUCUUUCGUCGUGUUUUCCUGCUUCCGUAAAAUGUGCAAAAACAAACUCCCUUACAAGAAAUAGAAGCAAAGAACAACAAAAACAUUUAUCAGUUUGACAUUUUAAGACCCCGUGCUAAUAACCUAAAAAACUUCCGUCCUUAGCCUCAGGAAUGUAAACGAACCGUGCCUGAACGAAACGCACUUUCAUUAGACACAAAAUUCCUGACGGAAAAUGAAAUUUACUCUGCCAUGCUGCGAUAGUUCAUUUUCAUGAACAAAAUGUCUCUUGUGUCAGGGAACGAUUAAAAAAUGUCAAAGAAAGCAAUAACAUCGCGGAAUGAAUCAUAGCAAACUUUUCCUAUGAUUCAGUGUCUUCAAUGUCAGUGGCCGUGAUAAUGUUUUUUCAUGUUUUCAUGAUUGGUCCCAUUCCUUUUGUAGGUCUUACCCCUUUGCACCCCAGCAUCGGUAUGCAUAUAUUCCACUCUGUUCUCAGUUCAAUUCCUUCUGUACCGAAAAGGAAAAUUUGUUUAUCAAUCAAGAAGUUCUUUAGUUGGUGGUCGUACCAUUUAAUCUCAUGACCUUAAUGUUUGACGCAGUGUCGAUAUUGUAAUCAGAAAUGAGAUUCUGGUCACUCUCACGGGUUUCAGUGCUAAAACAGUGUCUAGGAGAUAGGAAAAUUCUGUACAGUACUUCUAAUGUUAUUGCGUGAAUUUAGUUUUUAACGAAGAAAAUAAUUUUGAUGUUUACGUUUGUUUAAUCCACAGUCUCGUCAUUAAAAAGUGAUGAUUCUCCUCCGUCAUCAAUAAGGUCCUCUACUGAUGACGUCACAUCCACUCUUUCCAGACUAACAGUUCCAGACCUACCCAGACGGCGCUCAGCCACGGAUGUCCCGAAAAGACCCGAGUACCAGAAACGUGAUUCGUAUCGAAGCGAAACGUUACGAAAACCAGAGAUUGCCGAAAUAAGGCCACGAUCACAGUCCGACAUUGCCGCAAUAAAAACUUCCGAAGGCGAAUUUAGGGAAAGGCAUUUUUACACUUUGCCAACCAAUUUCCACCGCUCAGAUUUUGACAGACAUCGGGCCGGUUCCGAUAAAUCAUCGGACACUUCGCUGCCUUUUUCCGAUUCAUGCUCGGAAAGUUCCGGUGAUUCCGACCAUUUGACCGUUGGCAAUCCGCGAAGCCCGCCGUACAAAGGAAUGACAAAGAGAUUGUCAUAUGACGAGAAUCAAAACGAACGAUUAAAGAUCGCAGAGGAGCGACUUCUGAGUAGAUUGAUGGGAACUGAUGAGGAAGCAAAGCGAAAGAGGGAUGCUAAAAAUGUUAUCCAUUGGGUGAUAGAGCCUCCUAAGCAAGAUGAGCCAAAGAACACCAGUGGAGUGCACACGGAGAGCGGUCAACCAACAAAACCAGAUCCUCCAAAACGAAGAGACAGCAGUCAAAGACUCAAUGGCCAGAAAUCACAAGAGAUCAAUGGACAGUAUAGAACAGUAACGUCGCUCUGAUGCGCGUGUUAUAUAAGACGUUUGAAAAGAAACCGACUUUAUCAGUGCAAUCUGACACAGUAUCUGAUUGCGAUUAAUAGGAUUAAUAUUAUUCAAGAUUAGGCUGGAAGGCACUGAUUAAUAUUAUAUUAAUAUUAUUCAAGAUUAAGAUGAAAGGCGCUCUGAGGACCGUUGUUGAUCAGGGGUCUGAAAGCAGGACUUUACGAGCGCGUUAUAUGAAAGUUAGAUGAGGAAUGAUUAAAUUAAGAUACGAAUACCGUUUGGCGAUCAUCGUAAUUUUAAUCAGCUCUUAAAAAAGAAAUACACUAAAAAGAUGUAUUUAUGAGCAGGUUUGACAUUUGAAUGGGCGUGUAAUAUCCUAAGAUUGAAUCAUUCAU